AUGCGUUUCCUCAUACCGCUCUCUGUCCUCCUUGCCUCCGCUCUAGCCUCCCCUAAUACAUUCAAGGCCCUCUUGGAUGAGAUGUAUGGCGACUGUGGAGGCGCUUGUGUUUCGACCGAAUUCAAAGACAGCAAAGCUGCCUGUGGAGAUCCGAGCAGCUCCGCAUCCAACGCCUGCUUGUGCAAGAAUUACGUCAACAUUUUCUCUGAUGUCGACGAGAUGCGCUUAGGAACGUGUAUCUCUAAGUGUAACUUGGACAUUAGCAACCUGGACUAUUCCAAGUUGGCGCAAAAUGUUGGCGACAUCUGUGGCUCUAACUUGGGCGCUGAUACCACUGAUACUGGGCCAUCACCAAGUAACAACGCCAGUUCCAGUACGGGUGGAGCAGGGUCAACUUCUGUCGCUGCAGCGUCGAGCCCUUCACACACCGGUGCUGCAAGCACUACUGCGAGCUCCAAGACUGCACUUGCUCUGGGUGCUUUAGCCCUUUUGGGUUACGCUCUGUGA